GCCGAGCGCAGCCUCGUCCCCGCCGCCCGUGCCCGCCGUUUCUUCCCCGGCGCCCGCAGCCCCAUCCCUGCCGCCGCCGCCGCCCCCGGGGCAUGGCCUGUCUGAUGGCCGCUUUCUCGGUCGGCACCGCCAUGAACGCCAGCAGUUACUCCGCAGCAAUGACGGAGCCGAAGUCGGUGUGCGUCUCAGUGGACGAGGUGGUCUCCAGCAGCAUGGAUGCUAGUGAGACAGAGCUGCUGAAUGGGCACCUGAAAAAAGUGGACAACCACCUCACUGAGGCCCAGCGCCUCUCCUCCUUGCCUCGGAGGGCAGCUGUGAACAUUGAAUUCAAGGACCUCUCCUACUCCGUUCCUGAAGGUCCCUGGUGGAGGAAGAAAGGAUACAAGACCCUCCUGAAGGGAAUUUCUGGAAAAUUCAACAGUGGUGAACUGGUGGCGAUCAUGGGCCCUUCUGGGGCUGGAAAAUCCACACUCAUGAACAUCCUGGCUGGGUACAGGGAGACUGGCAUGAAAGGGGCAGUCCUCAUCAACGGCAUGCCCCGGGACCUGCGCUGCUUCCGAAAGGUGUCCUGCUACAUCAUGCAGGAUGAUAUGCUGCUGCCGCACCUCACUGUCCAGGAGGCCAUGAUGGUGUCUGCACAUCUGAAGCUUCAGGAGAAGGACGAAGGCAGAAGAGAGAUGGUCAAGGAGAUCCUGACGGCGCUGGGCCUGCUAUCCUGUGCCAACACGCGGACGGGUAGCCUCUCAGGUGGCCAGCGGAAGCGCCUGGCCAUUGCACUGGAGCUGGUCAACAAUCCACCCGUCAUGUUCUUUGAUGAACCGACCAGCGGCCUGGACAGUGCCUCCUGCUUCCAGGUGGUCUCCCUGAUGAAAGGGUUGGCCCAAGGAGGCCGCUCCAUCAUCUGCACCAUCCACCAGCCCAGCGCCAAGCUCUUCGAACUGUUCGACCAGCUUUACGUCCUAAGUCAAGGACAGUGUGUGUAUCGGGGGAAAGUCUCCAAUCUGGUCCCUUAUCUGAGGGAUUUAGGUCUGAACUGCCCGACCUACCACAAUCCAGCAGAUUUUGUCAUGGAGGUUGCGUCCGGCGAGUAUGGGGACCAGAACAGCCGCCUGGUGAGAGCUGUCCGGGAGGGCACGAGCAACGCCGCCUACAGGAAAGACCUUGAGGGUGACGCCGAGGCGAACCCUUUUCUUUGGCACCGGCCCUCUGAAGAGGACUCCGCGUCCGUGGAAGGCUGCCACAGCUUCUCAGCCAGCUGCCUCACCCAGUUCUGCAUCCUCUUCAAAAGAACGUUCCUCAGCAUCAUGAGAGACUCGGUCCUGACACACCUGCGGAUCACCUCACACAUUGGAAUCGGCCUUCUCAUUGGCCUGCUCUACUUGGGGAUUGGGAACGAAGCCAAGAAAGUCCUCAGCAACUCCGGCUUCCUCUUCUUCUCCAUGCUGUUCCUCAUGUUCGCUGCCCUCAUGCCCACCGUCCUCACCUUUCCCCUUGAGAUGGGAGUAUUCCUUCGGGAACACCUGAAUUACUGGUACAGCCUGAAGGCCUAUUACCUGGCCAAGACCAUGGCUGACGUCCCCUUCCAGAUCAUGUUCCCAGUGGCCUACUGCAGCAUUGUGUACUGGAUGACCUCACAGCCCUGUGAUGCCGUGCGCUUUGUCCUGUUCGCCGCUCUGGGCACCAUGACGUCGCUCGUGGCCCAGUCCCUGGGCCUGCUUAUCGGGGCCGCAUCCACAUCCUUGCAGGUGGCGACCUUUGUGGGCCCUGUGACUGCCAUCCCUGUCCUCCUCUUCUCGGGAUUCUUCGUCAGCUUCGACACCAUCCCCACAUACCUGCAGUGGAUGUCCUACAUUUCUUACGUCAGGUACGGGUUUGAAGGUGUCAUUCUCUCCAUCUAUGGCCUUGACCGGGAAGACCUGCACUGCGACAUUGAUGAGACGUGCCACUUUCAGAAGUCGGAGGCCAUCCUGAGAGAACUAGAUGUGGAAAAUGCCAAGCUGUACCUGGACUUUAUUGUCCUUGGGAUUUUCUUCAUCUCCCUGCGCCUCAUUGCCUAUUUUGUUCUGAGGUACAAAAUCCGGGCAGAGAGGUAAAAUGCCUGGAUGCCCAUCGAGAGAAAAAUUAGACACGGUGGCCAAGGGCACUUCUAGAACUGUGGUGGCAGGCCUGCGCCCGGUGACACAGAGACUAUUGUGACCCAGCUCCUAGAAACCACACUUGGUUUGUGGGUAUCUAGUGCUCAACUUCUCCGCCCAGUGGGGUUGGGUCUUCUCUCCAUUACCCUUUCUAGCUUUAACUAGGAAGAAGAUAGAGGAAGGUUUUUUGUUUUUGUUUUUUACACGCAGAAUGUAAAGCCACAAUUGGGGCAGAAUUUAAAACUGCGAAACAGCUUGUGACAAGAGGUCUCCUUGGUAAAAUCCAUCCUUAUGACCAGAUAACUUUAGUCCUGGGCAGGGGAUUGCAAACAGCUUGGUUGCUCGCUGAGCAGCCACGUGGGUGUCUUGUGGGAGAAAGUUGAAACGCUGAGUGAUUCCAUUUUAUGACUGUUGUUUUUCAUAGUUACGUCUUUUUAAGGUUGUCUCUUUUCCAGUGAGAAGCCGCUUUCCAAGCCAAAAGUCUAUAAAUUUCAUGCCUUUUAAGAAAUUGUAUCUUUUUAGUACUUGUUGAAGAGAAUUCUUCAGGAUAAAUGACAUACUUUGUUUCAAGAUACAGGGGUUUAACUCAAUCACGGAGCUGGUCUGGUUUACAGACAGGACUUGGCAAAGAGUCAAACGCAAGCUCCAGGUUAAGUGAGGACUUUGAAACCGUGGGCACUAAACAGUGCAGAAUAUUUUUAAAAAAAAAGUUGUAGAAUGAUAUUGGCCAACUCUUUCAAAAUCUCUUAUUCUUCAUGUGUUUCUUAUUUUAAGCAAAAAAAUAUAUAUUUUUUUCUGUCUAACUUUCUGAGCACCUUAAUUUUGCCUAAAAAAAGAUUUCUAGAAGAUCAACCUUGUUGAUUUUUUAAAAAUAUUUUCUCUCUCCUCACAUCUCACAUCAACUACCUCCAGUGAACCUAGGGAAGCUGGGCUUCGGGCAAUUUCAGGGGUAAACAUGGCCGGUUGGAUGUCAGUAAAAGAUAAGCUAGCUCUGCGAGAGGGGAAGAUGCUGACCCAAUUUAACGAGAAUCCAAGACCUUCAAAGAGCUUGAGGAAGAUGCCGAGUAUGGUGGAAGUGAUUGUAGCUUGAACAAACAAUGCGUUCAGAGUUGUGGGUAACGUCAUCUCCUAGGUUUGGGGUUUACAGCAUCUUGGCUACAAAAAUCUAAAGUAUGACUUGUAUGAGGUACAAGUUAUCCCUUUUAUAGGCAUUUAGUUUCUCAGAUGUUGGGCUUGUGUAAACUUGGCCUAUCCUCAGACCGGAAGCCCCUUAAUGUCACUAAAAUCGCUCUAGGGCGGGAACAAUGAGCAUCCUUUAAAGGACCUUUGAAUUCAUAACAGGGCUGCUCAUGUAUUCAUCAGUUGUCCCAAAGGCAGUUUGACUGCAGGGGUGGAAGGUGAUGCUAGCCGGAGAAAGCCAUCUUUAGGAAAAUGCAAUUAUUUUUCCCUUCUAGAAUGCCAUUAUCCUGGCAUCAGGGUCUCCUCAUGAAAGAUUGUAAUUCUGUGGGCAAAUGAAUUAACCUCUCUGAGCCUCAGUUUCCUCAUCUGUUAAACAGUUACACUAGACCACCUUCAAGGCCAUUUCAAGUCUAAAAGGGUCUGAGAUUCCCCAGUUGUGUUCCAAAGCUCUUAUUUCCUACUUGGAGAGAAUGAAAUGGAUGAAAAAAAUUCCACAUACACACUGAUUCGGUCUGCAAAUGCUUAGAGAUUCCUUUUUCGCCCCUAGAUCUUUUUGCGUGAACUCAGUUGAGAUAUAUUAAAAUUUAAUUUUAAGCCUGUUUGUCAUGUAGAAACAUGGCAUUGCCUUCCAGGUUGUUGUUUAACCAGGGGCAAACUUAGCCUUUAUAGAAAAAAAGUCUUCAUCUUAUUUCAAGAUAGAUUUGCCUAGAAGACAUCACAUAUCCGGGGGGACCUAAAGAGGAACCAAACCCAUUGUCAUCGAGUCGUUUCCGACUCAUAGCGACCCUAUAGGAUUGAGUAGACAUAUGGUUUCCAAGGAGUGGCUGGUGGAUUUGAACUGUGGAAUAUAGAAUUGGAAAGAGGGAAAAGUCAGUGAUCACUCCCAGAAUUAUCUUGGAUGAGGUAAAUAUUUAAAGAGCCAUUUCCCUCCAGGUGUGCCUUCCCAACCAUAGAUUUGUGUAGUGCGUCCGUGACCCUAAUAAGGACGUGCAUGCCAGGAACUGCUGUGUCCGGACGACCAUCUCUGCCCCAAAGGCAACUUCAUCUCACUUGCUGAAACCACAGUGUUGUGAAAUGGUUUCCAAAAGCACUGAAGCCCUCCCGGGCAUUAUUCCCCAGGUGCUCGUGCUCCCUUAUAUUUCAGUUCUCCUCUGUUAAAAGAUUCUAUCCAUUCCUUAGUAGAUGAGGAACCAAUUGGGGUCCCCUGAAGGGGUGGAUCUUGGGGGAUGCUAGGGCUAUUAGGGUGCUAGAAGGGAAAUGUAUAUGCAGAGCAACUCCAGAUGUUCAUUAGAGUACAGCAAGCCUUCUGAAGGCCACCACCACAGGGUACUUUGGCUUAUAACUCCACUGUAGACUUGAGGAGGAUCUAAAGCCAUGAUAGGUGAGGGUGUGUCGGCCCUGGGAGGCUGCCUGUGUCCCUCUGCAAGCAUCAACAAGUGCCCUUGUGGGACCAUGGUCAUUAUAAACCUCUCCCAGUCUUUAUUUAAGUGAAAUAUCUCCUCCCUCUUUCAUUUGAAUUUCCAGAUAUGUUCCCUCUGCUUUCUGUUUUAGGGUAGAUUCAUAAAAUGCCUUAUUCCAGUGGCCUAAUAUCCAAGCAACUUAUUGAAUUUUUUUUCUAAAUAGUGAGGUACUUGAUGACAUGUUGUCUUUCAUACAUUGGAGUUCAAACCCAGACCGACUUCCCAAAUAUAAUUCAUCUGAGUUCUGGAUGGAAUGAUCCAAAUAUUCCUUUUUUCCUCUGGUUGAGUUUCUUCAUUUGGAAGGAAGGAUUAAACCUUGGAUAAAAGAUGUGCAGCCUCAUUAGUUGUUAGUAGCAAUAAAAAAGUCCCAAGAAAAUCACUUUUAAAUGGAACUUUUCAGGAGAUGGCGGAGCAGCACUGGAUUCUAACACUGCUUCAAGAAAGCUUCAGAUCUUCCCGGGGAAUGUUGCUAACCAAUCCCAUACAUAAAACCUUUCACCUGUAUCCACAGGAAAGUACUUUGUACCUCCCUUCCUUCUAUUCUUGCUGAAUGAGUAUCAACCAGGGAAUUUAAUUCUUCAAAAGUUCCUGCAUGGGUGGAGUGGGAAACUCUCCUCAGAAGAGGGAGAAAGAGAAGUAAUACAAGAAAACAUUUUAUGUCGUAGAUACUGGGAUCUGAUGAAAUGACCUUUGGAGAAAUGUCUUCAGUCCAGGAAAUUGGAUGUAGAGCUGUUAGGUAAAAACUCAGAGACCCACAGACAGGCUGUGUGCAUGGGGCAAAAUACACCUUGGGCUAUUUCAAUGAGAAGAUAAAACAAUGAGCUUCAGUUUGUUGAGCACCCUUUCUUGUUGAGUGUCCAGGGACUGUGUUGAAUCCCUUAGGAAUCCCUUAUUAAUUUACUCACUCCACAGGGGUUUACUGACCAUCCCAUGUACAUGGGACUCCCCCAGGCACUGGGGGUUCAGUGGGGGUUCAAUUCAGACAUGGGCCUGCCCUCACAGUGCUCUCUAGUGCAGGCUGGAAGGUGACCAGAUGGCUGCUUCAAUAGCAGCCAUCACACGGUAAGUGCUAGAGCUGCACUGGGUGUGGGGUCAGAGAACCUCCUCUGAGGUGGUGUUUGAUCUGCUUUAGGUCAUUGGACAACCCUUCAAGGUGGAUAAAGCGCCUACAAGUUGCAGACGUGGAACACUGAGGAUGGGAAAGGCUUAGUGAUGUACCCAGAAUCCCAGAGCUAGGAAAGGCAGAGUUGGAAUUUGAGCCCAGGUCUGAUCCCAGCAUCCCUAUUUGUUUGCUUCACCGCACUGUCUCUG